UGUGAAAGAAAACGAGGCGUGGCUUCCCGUUUGAUGCGCUAAUGUAAUGUGAGGAAAGUGAAACUUUCGAGUCAUUCCCUGUUGUCGAGAGGUGAAAUGGCGCAGCAAAGCAAUCAAGCACCGGAGGUGAAAAUCAGCUGUUCAAUCUGUCUGGAUCUACUGAAGGAUCCGGUGACUAUUCCCUGUGGACACAGCUACUGCAUGAGCUGUAUUAAAAUCUCCUGGGAUGAAGGAGGACAGAGAGGAAUCUACAGCUGUCCUCAGUGCCGACAGACUUUCAGCCCGAGGCCUGUCCUGGUGAAAAGCACCGUGCUGGCAGAUUUGGUGGAGGAGCUGAAGAAGACUGGACCCCGAGCUGCUCCAGCUGAUCGCUGCUAUGCUGGACCUGGAGACGUGGCCUGUGAUGUCUGCACUGGGAGGAAGCUGAAGGCCUUCAGGUCCUGUCUGGUGUGUCAGGCCUCUUACUGUGAGCAACACCUUCAGCCUCACUACCAAUCUCCUACUUUCAAAAAACACAAACUCAUUGAUGCCUCCAUUAAUCUCCAGGACAGCGUCUGCUCCCGUCACGAUGAGGUGAUGAAGAUUUUCUGCCGCACUGAUCAGGAGUGUAUCUGUUAUCUCUGUUUAAUGGAUGACCACAAAGGCCACGACGUCGUCUCAGCUGCAGCAGAAAGGACUGAGAAGCAAAAGGAGCUCGGUGAAAGUCAACAAAACAUCGAGCAGAGAAUCCGGGAACGAGAAAAAGACGUGACGCUGCUUCAGAAAGAGAUGGAAACUAUCAACUACUCUGCAGAUAAAGCAGUGGAGGACAGUGAGAAGAUCUUUACCGAGUUGAUCCGUGUCAUUGAGAAAAGAAGCUCUGAGGUGAAGGAGCAGAUCAGAUCCUCGCAGAAAACUGAAGUGAGUCGAGUCAAAGAGCUCCAGGAGAAGCUGGACCAGGAGAUCGUUGACCUAAAAAAGAAAAACGUCGAGCUGGAGGAGCUCUCACGCUUAGAAGAUCCCACACAGUUUCUUCACAGUUACCUCUCACUGUCAAAACUUACUGGAUCUACGAACUCACCAGUACCAAAAACCAAUCGUUUGUGGUACUUUGAGAGCGUGAUGGCAGCCGUGAAAGCAGCAAGAGAUAAAAUGCAGAACAUUCUUACUGAGAAACUGCCUUUAGCCGAGCCCACGACCAGAGCAGAGUUCUUACGAUACUCAUGUCAAAUCACGAUGGAUCCAAACACAGUGGGCGCAUCUCUGGAUCUAUCAGAGGGCAACAGCAAAGUAACAUAUGUAAAAAAUACAAAAUAUCCUGCACAUCCGGACAGAUUCCUCCAGACAACUCAGGUCCUGAGUGAAGACGGACUGACUGGACGUUGUUACUGGGAGGUGGAGACGAGCAGACCUGCUUUAGUAGCAGUCGCGUACAAGAGUAUCGGCAGAUCAGGUGACCUUCAUGCGCGAUCGUUUGGAUUUAAUAACAAGUCUUGGGCAUUACGUUGUGACAACAGUUACAUCUUUAGACAUGACAACUGCUCACUCAGAAUCCCAGGCCCCAAAUCCUCCAGAAUAGGCGUGUACCUGGAUCACAGCGCAGGUAUUCUGGCCUUCUUCAGCAUCUCCGAAACCAUGACGCUCCUCCACAGAGUCCAGACCACGUUCGCUGAGCCGCUCCAUGCUGGUCUCUGUCUUCUGGGUUUUUGUGGAGACACUGCGGAGUUUUGUAAACCAAGGUAAUCAUGAAAAGCCAGAGGACAGGUUAAUAUCACAGAAAUGUGUUGUAACCUCUGCAGGACAUGAAUAAAAGAAGCCGUUUAAGGGAUUUGACUCAGGGCGGCCGGUGUUAUUUGGACCUAAUGUUUGUUUUUAAUCAAAUGCAGAAUGUGUAAAAAAAAAAUUAUGAUUGUUUAAAAUUAUUCCUCGUGUAAGACAGAAAGUCAGACAACGUUAUAUUCACGUCCCAGAGAAGAUCCUGAGGCAGUGAGAACAACUGAUGAACCAAUAAUCUGAGUGACUGUUACACUUGCUCAUCAUGUGGUGCAUUUCUAUUUAAUAUAUAAUAUGUGUGACAAAUAAGAUAAAUACAUAUUACUGUCUAGAGCUCUGAUGCAAUGCAAAGGUUUUAAUGAUGUGACUGUAAAUACGCAAAUUUAAAAUCCCUAACAAUAAAUUUUAUGCUGUUGUUAGAUACAUUUUAUAGGUAGAAGAAGUAAAGGAUGUUUUAUGGAGAUGCAUUUUAAAUGACAACGAUGAUGAAAUUUAAAAUGUAAUAAACUCCUUCCUGAUUUCCUACAUUCAUACACUCAUCCUGUUUAUUUUGUGAGUGUUUAAAGUCUAUUUCUUCUCAUUAUUCAGAUAUUUUUACAUGAAUAAGCAGCUGAAAUGCUGAAUAUUAAUAAAGAAAACCCUACUAACCACUUUAGUUUAAUGGAAAUAAA